CAAGCCUGUGAGACCCGCAGUUGUCCUGACUCGCCUCCGCUCAGCGAGAUACGAUCUUUACAAUACCAAGGGGAAAGUUCUUCCUCGAUUGCUGGAGACUGUGGUGACCCUGAAGGGCGUUACCGUCCAAAAUGUCUUUCCUUAACAUCCUGGCCCUUCUUGUGGCCCAGAUAUACCUAGUUGCUGCACAGACCUCGACCACCUGCAACCCCCUCAACAGUACAUGUCCAUCAGAUCCCGCACUGGGCACAUCGUUCUCCUGGCAAUUCAACCAAACGCUCGAUUCCAAGAUUUGGGAAACCACAAAUGGUCAUAUCGCCAUCACCGAUGCCGGCGCGAACUUCACCAUCGCCAAGAAGCUGGACUCGCCCACCAUCAAGUCGACCUUCUACAUCUUCUUCGGCGUGGUUGAGUCCUGGGUGAAGAUGGCUAAAGGUGGCGGUGUGAUCAGCAGUAUUGUGUUGGAGUCCGAUGACCUCGACGAGAUCGACUGGGAAUGGGUAGGCUACAACACCAGCUCGGUCCAGUCCAACUACUUCGGCAAGGGUAACGACACGUCCUUUGACCGCGGAGGCUUUCACUAUGUCCCCAACGCCGACACCGAAUUUCACAACUACACUACCUACUGGACCGCUGAAAAACUGGAGUGGUGGAUCGAUGGGCAAUUGGUGCGGACACUGAAGUAUGAGGAUGCGUUGGACGGCAAAAACUACCCGCAGACUCCCUGCACGCUCCGCUAUGGUAUCUGGCCAGGUGGUGAUCCUAGCGAACCCCUGGGCACCAUUGAGUGGGCGGGUGGAGAGAUCAACUACACUGCCGGCCCGUACAAUAUGGUUGUCCAGAAGGUCCGUGUGCAGGACUUCCACAGCGGAAAGGAAUACGAGUAUACCAACCAUACGGGUUCUUGGGAAAGCAUCAAGGUCGUCACUGGUAAUUCGACGGUUGCGGAGGAGUUGAACAAGGCGCCCGAAAAGACCUUGGCUCAGAAAUGGGCUGAAUUGCCUACUGGGGCUAAAAUCGGUGUUUACGCUGGUUCUGCAGCGGUUGGAGCCAUGCUCCUUGCCGCUUUCAUUCUCUUCUUCGUGCGCCAGCGCAAGAAGGGUCGUCUCGAGCAUGCAUUGGACGACGCCAAGUGGAACAGCGAGCGGACAGAGAUGGACACCUUCCAGGAAACUUGGAAACAGACAGAAUGGAGAAGUCGAUCGGGCUACAAACCGGUAGCAUAGCCCAGCCCCAGUCAUCUGAAACAAAUGACUCCCUCUGUUCGACGACUCAAAUGAAGGUUUACUUACUGCACACUCCAUCGCGUUCGGCUCCGUAUGCAAGGGUUGGUGCGCGCCUUGCCGCCCCGGUCGACAAUACGGACCAGCCUCGCUGCUGCUUUGCUGGCCAAGGUUGCGUGCGAGCCGUUUCUUGUCCUUUGAAGCUACUGGCGAGGGUGCAUCUAUUCCUGCCACGAACUUCCCGGACCUUUCUUGGUCCCUAUUUUGUUUCUUUUCAUCCUGUACACUUUUGCGACGGUUCUCCAUUCUCCUUAUUCUGGUUCAUUUACAUUGCCCUCUUCGACCCAUCAAGGCCCACGACGUCAACAACUCUUUACUACUUCCUGUAUAUAUGAAUCUAUGUUGCGUGUGGUCUGAACAAGCCAUGCCAUUUUCUUCACUCUUCUCCAUGGACGCG